GUCACGCAUGCGUAUCAUAAUGACCUUGCCAUAAACAUGGCUGGUAGUGAUGGGAAGUUGGAUCUUUCAAAAUUGAACGUUCAGCCACUUUCGACGUCUUUGAAUCCAAGCAAUAUGAAGAUAUUGGAAAAUAACGGACUAGACGGACGUACUGGUUAUUGGUGGCUAAAAUUUCAAUUCGAUUACGAGCUCGAAAGAGGCAUUGUUAUUCGACUGUGUAAUUUUAAGUACGAUGGCAGUGGAGAUAUUUGGUCUUUGGAAAUUGAAAAAUGUCACUAUCUCAAAAUCAGCGACAAAAAUGACUUAGUGUCAUUUGAUAUUGUUGAUAAGCUGAUCAACAUCAACGAAAUGAAACGACUACGACAAAGUGCUUUGACCGAAGAGAAACUGAAGAAAUAUUUAGAAGAUAACGUUAUCCCUCUUAUAAAGCAGAAAAUAAAGUACACCAAAUACGUUCCAAAAUUUCAGUUUUUUCUCAGCCACAAAUCUAAGGACAAACCGCAGAUGCGUUCGUUCAAAGAAGGGCUCAACUUCCUUGGAUACUUGACUUGGCUUGAUGAAACGAAUAUGAAAAUGGGAAGUACAUUGGCUUUGGAUUUAAAGAUUUCAGUGGAGAAAUGCGAUUGUUUUAUAGCUUGGUUGAACGAGGAGUAUUUCAAAAGCGACUACUGUUCGGCGGAAUUGUUGUAUGCCAAACAACUUGGUAAAAUUAUUAUUCCGUUUGGGGUGUUUAGCGAAGUGAAAGCGUCCAUCAACGAAAAUGAAAAUUUGAAAUUUUUGAAAGAUCUUUUUAUAGCCAAUCCACACGAAAUGUCAUUUUUUGAAAUGUUGCGGCGUAUCGAUGAAACAUUGUAUAAUUUCGAGAAAAUGGCAUUUCCUUGCAGUUAGCUUAGCAGACGUCGUCCGUUGGCAUUCAAGCCCAUCGAAACUUGCGCAAAUUUUGAUUUAUUACAACGUCAACUAUUGGAAAACUUUCAUUUGAACGUUCAUUAUUGAUUGUAGAUUGUAGAUAAGUUUAUUUUCAAUGUAAGUUUAUUUGUUUUAUACCUUCCAGACGAAAAUUUGCCAACAUUUAUUUGUAAUUCAAUUAAACCUGUGUUGUUGAUAGUUUUGCAAUCUUCUGUCUCAGCAGGACGUACAUAAACAAUGCCACGUCAUGAACAUUUUCAAUAUACACAUAAUUAUAUAAACAUGAUUUAUAAGAAUGAAGUGUUAAGUCAAA